GAAGGGAAAGAGACAGAGUGAGGGAAUGCUUCUGAAAGAGUUUCCAAACUUGGCAACUCCGGAUGACAUAAGUCAAGUCCUCUCCAGAAGAUUCGGAUCACUCGAACCACUGACACCUAAACUUCACUGGGAUUGGGGUCUUAAGCAAAGCCAUGGGCUCCCAAGUUUUCCGGCUGUAUGUAAUCCUCUGUCUGGGAGCCUCCUUGGGAUCUGGCAACCCCAUCAUGAGCCUGGAAGACUCUCCCCUGGAAGAAGAUCUGCCUCUGCUGGAUGAUGUUUUUUCAGAACAAGAUGGUGUUGACUUUACUACUCUGCUACAAAGUGUGAAAAAUGAAUUUCUGAAGACAUUGAACCUGUCUGAAAUCCCCCUGCCCAAUUCGGCCAAGGUUGACCCACCAGAGUACAUGUUAGAACUAUAUAACAGAUUUGCAACUGAUCGAACCUCAAUGCCAUCUGCAAAUAUCAUUAGAAGUUUCAAAAAUGAAGAUCUGUUUUCUCGACCAACGAGCUUUAAUGGACUCCAAAAAUAUCAACUCCUCUUCAACAUAUCCAUCCCUCACCAUGAAGAGAUCAUCAUGGCUGAACUCAGACUUUACGCUUUGACCCAGAGGAACCACCUGUUAUAUGAUGGAGUGGAACGAAAAGUGACCAUUUUCGAAGUGCAAGAAAAUGAAGGAGAAGAAAGAAAAUUGUUGGUUUUGGUGUCAGGAGAGAUCUAUGGAACCAGGAAUGAGUGGGAGGCUUUUGAUGUCACAGAUGCCAUCAGACACUGGCGAAAGUCAGGUUCUACUACCCACCGACUAGAGGUCCACAUAGAGAGUAGAAAUGAAGAGACUGAGCUUUCAGUGAGAGAUCAGCUGGAGAUAGACAUCAGUGACCAUAACAAACAUGUUCCUUUACUCAUUGUGUUUUCUGAUGACCAGAGCAGUGACAAAAAAGAAGAAAAAGAGGAACUAGAUGAAAUGAUAGAUCAUGAAGACCUUCUGGAAUUGGACAACCUAGAAACUGAUGAUUUCCAUGAUGGUCCUGGAGAAGAAGCUCUUUUGCAGAUGAGAUCCAACAUUAUUUAUGACUCCACUGCCCGGAUCAGGAGAAAUGCCAAGGGAAACUAUUGCAAAAAGACACCACUUUAUAUUGAUUUCAAGGAAAUCGGUUGGGAUUCCUGGAUCAUAGCUCCUCCAGGAUAUGAAGCAUAUGAGUGCCGGGGAGUUUGUUCUUACCCUCUGGCAGAACAUCUCACACCCACAAAGCAUGCCAUCAUCCAAGCAUUAGUCCACCUGAAGAAUCCCCAGAAAGCUGCCAAGGCUUGUUGUGUGCCUACUAAACUGGAUCCCAUCUCCAUCCUCUACUUGGACAAAGGGGUUGUCACCUAUAAGUUUAAAUAUGAAGGCAUGGCUGUAUCAGAAUGUGGCUGUAGAUAGCCAAUAAGAAAGAAAGGAGUAAUGUACAAGGAUAGAAUAUUCAAAAACUGUAAAUUUUGUACAUUUGAAGUGCCUAUUUAAUAAUAUUAUUUAAGGAGGGAUGUACAGAAAACAGAAAGGGACUGCCUCAGAAGAAUAGGUAGGUUGGUGGGUUGUAGAAAAUGUAUAUUUUGCUAUUCAGCCUAUUUCUUUCUGAGGAGGAUUUCCUUGUAAUUUGCCAUUUCCAGGCAAUCUACCUGUAAUUUAAAAUGGCACAUACAAAUAACAAUUUCUACACAUCCUCCAUGCAAUAUCUCACAUAACAAAUGGCUCUCCAACCACAAAAAUAAAGUUAAUAUGUACAUACACAUGUAUAUACAUAUAUAUACAUAAUCAUUUGUAUAUAUAUGUAGAUGCCAUAAUGCUUCAAGACACCAUGACUUCAUCAAUCUGUUCUCUCCAUUUACAAACAAUUUAAAUACCUCCACACCUUAGGAGAUUUUUUUUUUAUUAGUUGCUAUGGGCAAUAAAAUUCACUAUUUGGUGUCUAGCUUUCUAGUCUCCAGCCACAUAGCUAGUCUGAUCCUUGGACUACAGUCAGAGUUCAUCACUGAUAUCAUAUUCAAAAUCUUCCAGUUUGGCAGUACUUGCCAACAUUUGUGUUCUGCAGCCUUCAAGAACACAAAGUCACUUUCACACUAGGAGUGUGAUUACAGUGAUCAAUAUAUCUGUAUGCAUAUGGUAUGUAUAUGGAUUUAUACACAAAUUCAUCAGAAGUAAAUUGAUAGUAUAUCGCAGAUGAAAGGGUCCUUAGAGACCAUGUAAUCCAAACCAAUUUUAUAGAUGAGAAAACUGAAACCUGAGAGGUUAAAUGAAUUC